UGUACGUUAGCGAUGGGCCCGCUGCUAUAAGUUCUCCUCCUCUCCGAUAAUUUUCUACUGACCGCGGAAAUAGGAGCGAGGACUGACGUAAACAAUAGAGACUCAUAAAACUGCGGUACAAUCGACGUGAUCUUCAUUGUUUGACAACAUGCGACUCUAUCUGGACGUGUUAGCUCUCCUCGGUGUGUUGACAUCCUCAGCUUUGUCCAUGUCCCCCUUCACGCGUUCUCUGAUUCAGCGCGUGUCGAGGAGACAUAGGCGAGCAAUGGACCAAUCGUUUCCCCCUUGCAAGGCAUUUGGCUGUGUUCAUGGGGACUGCACGGUGAAAGACAACAUCUUUAAUUGUGAGUGCCACAGGGGAUAUAAAGGACAACUGUGUAACGAAAUAGACAUCGUCAAAGAUACCCAACAGGGAAAAACCGACGAAUGUUUCGCCAAUUUCAUUUGUAACAAUGGUGGCAAGUGCUUGGUCAGUAAAGGACAUUUUGGCGUAACGUCUGUGAAAUGUCUGUGCCCGCCGCAAUGGACGGGUGCUUUCUGUGAUAUCCCGUGUACCAUGGACUGCAUGAACGGCGGGACGUGCCACAAGGACAGAAUGACCGGGAAAGAAAUGUGUAUCUGUAAAUGGGCCUUCACAGGAACGUAUUGUCAGACGGAAAAUAUAAGACCUAAACUAGAUGUGAUCUAAUGUCACGGGCCCUCAUGGCUCCGCGCUACCAGUGACCAAACUUGACUUCUUUUGCCUGGAAAUCCACUUGAACUAAACUCAGGACAUUAAUUGUAUAUGUAUGUACUUCAUUAAGUUAUUUCGGUGUUUGUUGACGUUCUCAUUACCAUGUAAUGAUAUUGUAGCAUGGUCUCUAUGCCAUGUGCCAUUAGACUGGCAUAAACCGUUAGACAUGCUCAGUAAAAGUUUAUUUAGUGAUACCCCUAUGUCUCUACUGGAUGGGGAUAACUUACAAUGUGUAAAUUAGUUAAGAAAAUAAUUUAUGAAUAAACAAAAAAAUUAAA